AUGAAAGUCGAUGGUUUAACAAGCGACGAGAUCAAGAGUCAUUUGCAGAAACAAUCACAGCAGCAGCAGCAGCAGCAGCAGCAGCAGCAGCAGCAGCAGCAGCAGCAGCAGCAGCAGCAGCAGCAGCAGCAGCAGCAGCAGCAGCAGCAGCAGCAGCAGCAGCAGCAGCAGCAGCAGCAGCAGCAGCAGCAGCAGCAGCAGCAGCAGCAGCGGCAGCAGCGACAUACACAACCACCUGCAGAGCAGACUUGGAACCAUUUGCAAGGGGGGUUCCAUCCUGCAGCUAACAGCCUUGCCCAUUUGUUCUCACCUCUUUCUUCUCCAACUGCUCCCACCAACCCUGCUGUCCUUCCCACCAACCCUGCUGUCCUUCCCACCAAUCCUGCUCUCCAUUCCCACAAUCAUGCUCUCAUUUCCACCAAUCCCGCUCUCCUUUCGCCCAACCAUCGAGUCCUUAUCACCAACCCUCCACUCCCUCAACCAGCCCCUGACUCCCCUUCGCUUCCUUCCCCCUUGGUUCGCCCUAUUGCCCGCUCGUUCAAAAGGCCCACCAGCGGUGGCGCUGGAGGGCUGCCUGGGCAGAAGGCUUGA